GUCGGGUCAGACACGACGGCUCUGAAGACGCAGUGCAUGUGCAACCACCUGACCUCAUUCGGUGGCAACUUCUUCGUGGCACCCAACACCAUCAAUUUCGCCACAGUCUUCACUCUAGAUAAUUUCCUAGGAAGCCUUCCUGUUUUCUCGACCAUCAUCGUCAUCUUCAUAAUCUACAUUUUGAUUCUGGUAUGGGCUAGGCACAUGGAUAAAGCUGACGUUGCUAGGUGGGGCUCAAUACCCUUGGAAGACAACCUGCCGACGGAGACAUACUACUACCAAAUGACCGUAUACACGGGCAUGCGUAAGAAUGCUGGCACCGCUUCCAAACCAAGUUUCAUACUUUCUGGCGAUGAGGCCGACACUGGAGUGCGUCAUCUGACGGACGGAAAGAGAAAGGAAAUCUCGACAGGCAGUAUCAACAAUUACGUUCUGAGCGUUGAGAAGUGUCUGGGUCCUCUAACUUUUCUGCGAAUUUGGCACGACAACUCAGGGAAGGGGUCGAAGAAAGGAUGGUUUCUCGAUCAGAUUGAGUUCACCGACGUUCAAACAGGCGAACGAUUUUUCUUCGUUUGUGCACAAUGGAUGGCAGUAGAAGAAGGAGAUGGACAGAUAGAGAGAGUCGUUCCGGUGGCCGGCAAAGAUGAUAUGACCCAGUUC